AUGGCGAAGGGGACGACGGAGAUGGAGGUCGGGUCCGACGGCGUCGCCGUCAUCUACAUCGCCAACCCGCCCGUGAACGCCCUCUCCAUCGACGUCCUGUUUAGCUUGAAAGGGCACUAUGAAGAGGUGCUUCGAAGGAAUGAUGUGAAAGCUAUUGUUCUUACAGGAACUGGAAGGUCAUUUUCUGCUGGACUCGAUAUUAGUGCCUUCGCUGAUAUUCGCAAACCGGAGCAGCUAAAGGAUCACUGCAUAUUGAUUGAAGCCAUGACUGAUAUCUUCGAAGAUGCUGGGAAGCCAUCAGUGGCUGCUAUUGAUGGCCCUGCUCUUGGUGGAGGUUUAGAAAUUUCCAUGGUAUGCCAAGCACGCAUUUCAACUCCUAAUGCUCAAUUAGGCCUCACGGAGCUUCAGUUUGGAGUAAUACCUGGAUUUGGAGGAACACAGCGCCUUCCCCGCCUUGUUGGACUGACAAAAGCACUUGAAAUGAUGAUGCUCUCGAAGCCAAUUAAAGCCGAAGAAGCCCAUGAGCUGGGUCUGGUCGACGCUGUUGUUUCACCUAACGAUUUGUUGAAUAAUGCCCGCCGUUGGGCUUUGGACAUCUAUGAGUCGAAAAGGCCAUGGGCCCGAGCCCUCUACAAAACUGACAAGCUUGAAUCCCCUGAUCUGGCCAGAGAGAUCCUCAAUUCUGCCAGAGUUCAGUCUCGGAAGUGGGCUGCCAAUCUUCAGUAUCCAUUCGUCUGUAUCGAUGCUGUCGAAGAAGGUAUAGUUUCAGGGCCACAAGCCGGGCUUCGGAAGGAAGCCAUGGCUUUUCAGGAACUCUUUUUCUCAGAUACAUGUAAAAGCUUGAUUCAUGUGUUCUUUUCACAACGUGCAACAUCAAAGGUUCCUGGGAUCACAGACUUAGGUUUGAUGCCAAGGAAGGUAUCUAACGUUGCCAUUGUUGGUGGUGGACUUAUGGGUUCUGGAAUCGCAACCGCGCUGAUACUGAGCCAUUAUCCUGUUAUACUGAAAGAAGUCAACGAGGAAUUCCUAAACGCAGGAAUUGACAGGAUCAAAGAAAACUUGCAGAGUCGUGUAAGGAAAGGAAAAAUGACAAAGGAGAAAUAUGACAAGACCCUCUCACUUCUUACAGGUGUCCUCGAUUAUGAAAAAUUCAAGAGUGUUGACUUAGCAAUCGAGGCAAUCGUAGAGAAUGUGAAGUUGAAGCAGCAGAUUUUUGCUGAACUGGAGCAACACUGUCCUUCCCAUUGUAUUCUUGCCACCAACACUUCCACCAUUGAUCUUGACCUGAUCGGAGAGAAGACAAAUUCCCAAGACCGCAUUGUUGGCACACACUUCUUCGCUCCAGCUCAUAUCAUGCCUCUUCUUGAGAUAGUCCACACCCCUCGCGCAUCUUUGCAAGCAGUUGUCACCUUGCUGGAUGUGGGGAAGAAGAUCAAGAAGACACCAAUAGUGGUCAGAAACUGUACCGGCUUCGCGGUCAACCGGAUGUUCUUUCCGUACACUCAGGCAGCACUAUGGCUUGUCGAUCAUGGAAUGGAUGUUUACAAGAUCGAUCAGGCUUGUACUGAAUUCGGGAUGCCAAUUGGUCCAUUCAGAAUGACAGAUCUGGUUGGUUUUGGAGUUGCUCUAGCCACAGGCAUGCAGCACCUUGAAAACUUCCCUGAGCGGGUCUACAAGUCAAUGCUGAUUUCUCUCAUGACUGAGGACAAAAGAACAGGUGAAGCCUCUCAAAAGGGGUUUUACAGGUAUGAUAGUAAGAGGAAGGCGAGCCCUGAUCCUGAAAUCAUGAACUAUCUCGAGGAGUCGAGGAGAAUUGCAGGAGCCACACCUGAUCCCGAGUUGCUCAAGCUUGACAACAGCGCGAUAGCAGAGAUGGUGUUGUUCCCGGUUAUCAACGAAGCCUGCCGUGUCCUGGGGGAGGGCAUUGCCUUCAAGGCCUCUGACCUCGACAUCGCCUCCAUCUUCGGAAUGGGUUUCCCGCCAUACAGGGGUGGCAUCAUGCACUGGGCGGAUUCCAUCGGCGCAAGGCGCAUUUGCGCGAUGCUGUCGGAGUGGGAGAUGAAGUAUGGCCAGUUCUUCGAACCUUGCAGCCACCUGUUGGAGAGGGCGGCUGAAGGUCUUCCUCUGAGCGCAUUGGCGACGAAGACGAUGAACAACCAGGCCAAGGGCAAGCUACUGGGAAGCUGCUGA